UGUGACUUUACUCAUGACAACUUACCACCACCUCCAAACCCUCCUUUGCCCUUGAAACGUAUUGUACACGGACUCAAGAUGUCGUUCGGCAAACUCUACGGCUACAAGGAAAACGCCCGCAGCACUGCCCUCCUGGCGGUCGCAAAGGAGAACAACCUUGACAUCGAGCUCGUCGAGACUAGGACCCCGGUCACAGAUCCUGAGUAUCGCAAGCUGAACCCUCUGUCACGAAUUCCCACCUUUGUUGGCUCCAAUGGCUUCAUCUUGACUGAGUCGAUUGCCAUUGCCAUCUACUUCGCUUCGCAGAACGACAAGACCACUCUCCUUGGAAAGACCAAGCAAGACUAUGCUUCCAUUGUGCGAUGGAUGUCCUUCUCCAACAGCGAAAUCCUCCCCAACCUCUCUGGCUGGUUCAGCCCCUUGAUUGGCAAAGUUGCCUACAAUAAGAAGUCAGUUGAUGACCACAAGAAGGCUGCUCUUGAUGCUAUCCAUGCUCUCGAACAACACUUCCUUGUCCACACCUUCCUGGUUGGAGAGCGUAUCACCCUUGCAGACCUCUACGUGACCUCGCAAAUGUCUCGUGGCUUCCAAUACGUCCUCGACAAGGAAUGGCGUGCAGAGAACCCCACCACCACGCGUUGGUUUGAGACCAUCACCAACCAGCCCAUCUGGAAGGCCAUUGUUGCUGAGCCAAUCAUGAUUGAAGAGGCCGUGAAGUAUACCCCACCCAAGAAGGAAGCAAAGCCAGCUAAGGCCCCUGCUGCUGCACCUGAGAAGAAGGAGAAGAAGCCCGCCCCGGAGGAGGCAGAGGAAGAGGAAGAGGCCAAACCAGAGGUCAAAGCCAAGCAUCCUCUCGAGGCACUGCCGAAGCCGACUCUCAUUCUCGAUGACUGGAAGAGAAAGUAUUCCAAUGAGGAUACUCGUUCCGUGGCGCUGCCUUGGUUCUGGGAGCACUACAAGCCGGACGAGUACUCAUUGUGGAAGAUUGAUUACAAGUACAACGAUGAGUUGACGUUGACUUUCAUGUCGUCCAACCUCAUCGGUGGAUUCUUCAACCGUUUGGAGGCUUCCCGCAAAUACCUCUUUGGCGCUGCCUCUGUGUACGGCCAGGCCAACGAUUCAGUCAUUCAGGGCGCUUUCUUGGUCCGUGGUGACGAGGCUCUACCCGCAUUCGACGUCGCCCCCGACUGGGAGAGCUACGAGUUCACCAAGCUUGAUCCCAGCAAGCCCGAAGACAAGGAAUUCCUCGAGAACCAGUGGUCCUGGGACAAGCCAAUCGAGGUCAAUGGCAAGACAUACGAGUGGGCUGAUGGCAAGGUCUUCAAAUAAAGCUGUGCGUUCGAUGAUGCCGCAGUUGCAAGACGUGCUCCUGGUUGAGCGGAUGUGAUCAUGAUACCAACAAUGACAGACCGGAUGACAGGUGGAUGUUAUGCGUGAUAAGAUGACCAGCACGGAAGACCUACUCUCGGCUGAAAAGCUUGACGCACGGCUCGCAAGCAGAGUAAUGUUUCUUCCUCUCCCGACAUAGCAAGACAGAUAGACCCACAAACUUCUACGCUCGCUCUUGCUUGCCCUCAAUAGGUCCCAUAGAGCAAACGAAGGAACAUGCAUGACUGGAGUAGUACUAGACACUUUUGCACGUCCGCUACUUGUGCACUUUCACUGCAUCUCAUUCCC